CACCGUUACUUCGAUUUUACUUGAAACUAACAAAAUUCAAUACAAGUACAACGAAAACACCGAAAGUCGUCCACAUCUGAUAAGUCGAAACUUAGUUUAACAACAGCAAGCGUCAAAACAUUUUAAGUAAAAAUGAAACAUUUUUGUGUAUUGAUAACAUUAGUCCUUGUACAUGUUUUGGCCAUAACAGAAAAUGAAUUGAAACCACAUGUGUACAAAACAAACUGUAUGCUCCAAAAUAUAGAACCAGGUCAUCGGGACGAUUUUGUCAAAACUUAUAUACGUUCAAAUAUUAAGAUAUCGACGUUGGCUUUGAUGUUGACCGCGCCAGCAUACGUAUACAAUAACGUGAUCGAGCAAUAUCCGCAAGAAAUGGUAGCUUACGAGCAAUUCAUACAGAAUAGGAUAAAAAAAUAUGUUACAGCAAAGCUAAAUCUUGAUGUCCCAAUAUUAAAAUUCCAUUACGUUACUUUGUCAUUUAUGGGGGCCACCAGAAGAGGUUUAAUUGAGGCAUCUUUAAGACGUUUACUCGUGGAAGUUGAAAGUGGUCCCGAUUAUCCGAAAUUUGAAGGAAAGCAGACAUGUUGUCUAAUAGCGUUGUUCGUAACUGCAAACGACCCAACAUCUAGAAUAAAUGAUUGCAGUGUCGGUGAAUUCGACGGACACGGUGAUUGUCAUCUCACUGACAUUUUAGGCCAAGUUUCCAUGUAUAGAAAAUUUGCCGAUGGAUUUUGGAAAACAGAGAAGCCUGAGUAUGGUCAAAUUGCCAAACUUACCUAACCUACUAUUACAAUAUAAUUUAUAUAGACAUGAAUAUUUUCAUAAAAGUAUAGUUUAUAUAUCACUUACGAUAAUAUUUACGGUUUUAACUCUUAAAUCAUAAUAAAUAUUAUUUUC